UUUUGAUUCAGCAAAAUACAGCAGUGGAGAUGGACCCAACGUCCUUCUCAUUGACCAACGGUGGGCAUACAAUCACAACGGUAACUUUAUUAAAUGAGUUAGUCCCGCCACUAGCCUCUAGGAGAAUGAAAAUUCUCGUAAUUGGUCUGUACACUGCGCAGGUAUCUAACAUUAGGAGAGCUAUUAAAGAGUAUAAUUGGUCAAAUGUCACUUGCUCGACUUGUGACGCAAUACAAUCACAAGAGGCGGAUCUAGUCAUUCUCACAACCACCAAAACUAGUGUGCAACAGAAGCAAUCUAGUGAGGAGGAAAAGGGUUUGUUUUGGUCUGAUCCGCGUAGGACUAAUGUGGCGUUGUCCAGGGCCCGUUACGGGUUAAUUGUGAUUGGGGACUUACCAUUCCUAUGCCAAAAAGGAGAAGUUUGGGAGAAAUUUGUCCUUGAGGCAUGUAAACAAACAGUGGUAGUGACGCCGGCGUUCAUUGAGCUAAUGAAGGCUGGUAAUAUUCAAAGGGUGAAUGGGGUAAUUGCCGAUUAUAAAGGUGAGAUACCAAUCGCGUGGGACUUUUACGAAAAAAUGAAAAUUGAUAGUAAUUUAGUUGGAAAGCCACCACAGACCCAACAAGCAAUGGAGUGCGAGAGCACCCAAUCUACUAGCGGACAGGCCAUACAGCCUGUACAGAUAACCUCAACACAAACACCGGCUUCAGGUGGAUAUCAAGGAUAUUAUGGACCCUCAACUGCACCUCCAGGGAGCCAACCUCAAUGGACACAACCAGUGCAGAUGCCACAACCGCCACAACAUCAAUUCCAACACCCUCAACAGUCAGGUGGACCAGUAAUAGGGGGAAUUUAUCAAAAACAAAUAAUAGGGGUCCCUUUGCCUUCUAACGUCCCACAGGUGACACAGUGCAGUGGCUGUCAUUCGAUUGUCCCGAAUGUGCACGAAGACAUUUGUGACUACUCUCCUUGUAUGGUUUGUCAUGGAAUAGCUCCUCAUUUGAAAGGACAGUGCCCACGACGACCAUGUGGAUAUUGUUACAUAAUGGGACAUCAAAGAGACAAUUGCCCUCAUGCGCCGUGCUCUUGGUGUGGACAACAGGGACACACGAAAAUAAAUUGCAUGUACAGAAGAUAA